CCUCCCAUAGAGUGAGGCAUUCAACGCGGUAUAAAAACAGCAAGACAAGCUAAUGCAGAGACUGACUUAGUAACAUUUCACGUGACGAAGGUAGACGAUUAGCGUAGACUUUAGCAACCCAUCGUACAGUACUCUAAUUCUAGGAUAUAAUCAAUCGCUUGUGGGCCAGACUACUAGUGGGAAAAAAUGUCAGGAUGCAAAAUUAUCAACAAAGCUGUAUUUUUGGUGUAUUACUUGUUCAUCGCAAGCGUCUGGGGACAAUGUUAUUCACCUCCUUCAAAGCCCAAUGUCGUCCUGAAAAACGCAUAUGAAAAACUAAAUGAAUUCCCCAGCAGAGCUAAAGUAGUGUACGCAUGUGCGCAUGGCUAUCGAAGAACAGCUGGACUGCUUUCGAUUACCUGUCGCAAGAAUGUGUGGUCAGAACUGACGCUGGAGUGUGAACCUAAGUCCUGUGGUAGUCCGGGGGAGGUACUGAAUGGGCACUUUGUGUUUGAGGGCGCCCACUUUGGAGAUAAGGCCAGCGUUGUUUGCGAUGAGGGGUACCUGGUGGCAGGCAGGGACUACAGAGUGUGUCUAGACAAGGGCUGGGAUGGACAAAUUCCUUUAUGUGAAGUUGUUAAGUGUCCAGACCCUCCAGAGAUUGCAGAUGGUGAAAUCAGGAACCAGCGUUCAGGAGAUGUGGAGUAUAACACAGUUGUAGUCUACCAGUGUACAAAGGGUUUCUUGAUUGGAAGCAGGGAGCUUGUUUGCACCUUGCAUGGGAACUACAGCAGCUCGCCACCCCAGUGUAAAGAGAUCAGCUGCCAGAACCCAACACUGCCAAAUGGCAGGAAGACGGCAGGAUUUGGCCCAGAUUACAAAUACAAAGAUGAUGUUAGUUUUGCUUGCAAUGAGGGAUUUGAACUCCUUGGAGAAAACGCUAUUACCUGUGAAGAAAAUAGUGAAUGGCACCCAAAAAUCCCAACAUGCAUUCCCCUUAAAAGGACGUGUGAUGCACCGCCUCCUCCUACCAAAAAGAUUGCUACAUUACAGCCGGGGUACAUUGCAAAGUCAGAAUAUCAACCAGGUGAUCGUGUGUACUACAAUUGCAAACACGGAUUCAGAAAAGAUUUAUCGAAGCGGGACUAUAUCAUGUGUAAAAAAGAUCUGACUUGGACCUCACUCAAAUUGCGCUGCACACGUGUGUCAUGUAAGAUUCCUGCACAGAUUAGGAACAGGAUAAUAGGGAAGAUCAGAGAAAAUGUGGGAGACCUUAUGUUCUACAGCUGUGAUGACAAGAAAAAGUCUAAAUACAUACAAUGCGAAGACUCUGGGAAGUGGAGCAAACCUUCCCAGUGCCAAGAGUGGUGCAGAAAUCCUCCACCUGCCGUCCUGAAUGCAAAGCCACAGAUGUCAAAGAAGGUCUUUCAGGAGGAGGACAGACUGCACUACGAGUGUGAACCAGGGUACACCAGAGACCUCUCCACCCUGGCCUAUGUGACCUGUAACAAUUCCAAAUGGACUGGACCCACUCCGGUUUGCAGCCCUACAGAAAGUCUACAUUUUCAAGGCAGAGCUAAAACCGAAGAGAAUAAGGAAGGUGCCACAGGAAGAAAAAUGCCUGGACGCAAUAAACAUUCUGCCGACAACGUGUUUAUGAUUUCACUAUGUGUGGGGCUGGCCUUGCUCAUUGUCCGUGUGUCUGGACAAUGUGGCUAUCCUCCAGAUUAUGAGACUGCCAUACUGAAAGAUGAACAUCAAAUUCAAGGGCCAUCUGACUUUGUCGAGGGAUUUAAAGUCACUUAUACAUGUCGCAGUGGGUAUGUACCAGUGACUGGAUCUCCAACAAUCACCUGUACCAAUUCAGAGUGGUCACAUCUGACCUUGGUGUGUGAUCGCCGAUCAUGUGGAAGUCCAGGAGAGAUACUUAAUGGACGCUUUAAUACUGAUGAGGGUGUUCUUUUUGGAGACAAGGCUUAUGCAGUUUGUGAUGAAGGAUACCAGUUGGCAGGCAGUGGUGUCAGAAACUGUCUUGCAAAUGGCUGGGAUGGUGAGAUUCCUAUAUGUGAAAUUGUUAAGUGUCCAAACCCUCCAGAGAUUGUAAACGGUGAAAUCACAAACCCACCUCAGGGAACUGUCACAUUUGGCACAGUUAUUAUCUACAGGUGUAAUGAAGGGAUUCUGGUGGGUAAUAGGGAGCUUGUUUGCACCAAAUAUGGAAACUACAGUAGUGACCCUCCAGCAUGUAAAGAACACAAUGGCUGCCCUUCUGUUCAAGUGAUAAAUGGCUUUAAGACAGCCGGAUUUGGACCUGAUUAUAACUAUGGGGAUUCCAUUACCUUUGCUUGUAAUCCUGGGUAUAUUCUCAAUGGCACUGACACUGUUACAUGUGGAGUAAAUGAAACUUGGGAACCUGAACUUCCGACUUGCCAAAAAGCUCCAACAACAACCACCACCACCACAACCACCACCACAGAAGUGCCUCCAACACCCUCUCCAGCUCCAACAACAACAACAACAA